AUGGAGACGACGACAAUCGAGGACUUCGAAGUCCCGUCGACAUCAACGUCACCUCCCGAUUUUCUGGUGGCAAUGGAGACGGCGUGUGAUAUAUGCACAGGGCCGGGGGCUACGCUACACUACGGGGCAAUGACGUGCGGAUCAUGUAAAGUCUUCUUCCUGCGCACAUCAAUGGCCAAGAAAGUAUUUCUCUGCGAGCGUGGCGGGCACUGUGAAAUACCACGAGAUCGAUGUCGGGCGUGCCGUUUCCAGAAAUGCUUGAAGAUGGGUAUGAAUCCGGAAGCUGUCGGCCGCCGAAAACAACUAAUAUUAAGCGGAAAGGAAAAAGCUGAAGAUCGACUGCCCGAUCUAUCGAUAGUACCCUAUUUUAAUGAGAAAUCAGCAGCCCGGUCGAGGAGUUUCCACGCGGAACUCGGAAAACUCGAUGACGCCUCGAAAAUUGCGUUUCAUUUGCUGGGAGUAGAGAGGUUUUGCGACAACGACACGGGCCAAUUCUCGACGUUCUCAACGUUUAAUGUGAAUUUGGACGUGGAGCUGGCGGAAGCGUUGCAAUUCCCUGGGAAAAUGAGCUGGGUGGAAGAGUUGCGAAUCUGUGCCGGAGACGUGCCCCUCUUCUGCCAAUUAUACUGCCGGAUUACGGUACAUGCCCUCGAUUGGGUCGUUUCGCUCGAUGAGAUCUGGAUGAUGUCCGAUCGGGAUCGGGUGCGUCUCAUAGCAAGUCAAGCGCCUACGAUUGUCAUCGCCACCCUCGUUUACAAUACAUACAAAUACAAAGCUCUCGGCGUUCUGUUUUGCCAUGGGUUUCAGCUGUUCCGCUCCGAGUCGAAAUCCAGCGAUGGCGGAAGUGGUGACUACACGUCGGUGAUGGUCGACUUUGCCCACCAAAAGAUCAUCUCCGUCUUCAAGGAGGUGUGCAUCACCGAGGGAGAAUAUGCCAUCCUCAAAUGCGCCACAUUCUUCACGGCCGUGGGCGUUAGCCUAUCGGAUGAGGCGGCGGAAAUCGCGCGGAACGCCCGGAGGAGAUACGAAUAUUUGCUGUUAAAGUUAAUCGAAGACGAGAAGCCGAACUUCUCGCCGACGGCCCGCGUCCUCCGCGCCUCAAAAUUGCUCAGCGUCGUACCGUCGAUUAUUCGACUCGGCAUCAUCGACACGCAGUAUUUGGGGCAGAUGGCCUCGUUCAAUAUGGAAGGCAUGAAGGGCCGGCUGUCUUAUGAUUUUCAUCUCAGCUCU